AAGUUGCACGGCCGUUAGACUUUCAAAGUUUGAAUAUGUCAAAGUUGAUCCAAAGUUUAUGUUUUCAAUAUUAAUAAUUCAAAGUUUGACUCCUUAUACAAAAUGAAUGAUAAACUUAGCUGUGAUAAAGUGCCACAAAAAUUUUCAGAAUGGCUUCUUGGUAUGGGUUGUCCCGCGGAAAAAGUACCUUCUAUCGAAAAGAUGUCUCAAAUGUGCAGAGGCCAGUACUACAUGGUAUGGCGAAGUCUUAUGGAACACCUGGAGGCUAAAGAUUCAAUACGAGAAAAAAGGUUGCAGGUCUUUUGUGACGAUAUCAAAAUGUGUCGGGAGAAGUAUUUAUUUAAAGAGCAUGGAUCGAAUAUAAUCGUGCCAGAGGAGCUAAAAGUAUGGCGGCAGCAAAAGGAUAUUAAACAACAAGUUGACGAAGCAGAAUACAGAAUAGCACAAAAAAUAAAAAUACAAAAGGAACUUCAGAACAAAAUUAUGUGCAAAAUUAAUCAACAGAAUCACAUACAGCAGCAGAUCAAGGAUCUUCAGAGACGUAAUUGGUUACUGCAACAGGUUGCAAACGAUCUGACCAAUAAGAAGAUAAAUCUGGAUGAAACCAAGAGCAUAUCUGAUUCAUUGUGCAGUUAUGUCGAUGCUGGUGAUGUGAAGGAUAAAUUGGACAAAUGUCUAUCUUCAGCAGUAACCCAGCAAUUUCCACUCUCUAAUGCGGUGGCCAGUUCAUCAUUAGUUUCCCAGGAACAUGAAAAUGCUGAAAGAGAUGAAAACAUAAAGAUACUAGUAAAAUGCCGCGGCGAUGUCCUGUGGCCGCAUCUGUACGAAAAGCGUGCUUCGUUAGUGGAAAAACUAGCCUCCGAAAACACAAAACAACACCAUGAUAUUAUUGCCAACAAGAUAACUCCCCAAACAAUAUUGGCCCAUACCGCGGCUCUGCACGCGUCUUUGUCUCUGCAAGCGAUGAAAAACAAGCUACAGCUGCAGCACACCAGGGAGAGGUUCGCAGCGGCUAUAGACGAUCUUAACAACUAUAUAUCAGGUGAAUCGUGCGAGCUUCUUGUAUUGAGAUGUGAGAAGGCGAGGUCGGAGGCUAGAGUGAAAUCACUCAAAUCACUCUUGACUGAGUUAAGUGAGGGCAGCGGAGUGUUCAGUGUUCAGGGACACGGUGACAACAUGGAGGCAACACCGAAAGAAAUCGCUAGUAUUGAUAAGUGUAUUGUCUAUAGCAGAGACAAACUGAAAUUGUUGAUAUCAACGUUGGUUACCACCGAGAGGAAGAUUAAUAACAUCAAGGAGUGUCUGGUCGGCGUUUUCAAGUCAUUUCAUAGUGAUGGCGCUGUAGAUGAAGUGUUCAGAGGGGUCCUGCUAGAUUUCCCUAAAGAACCGAUGCCAAUCUUAAAACAGUUCUUCACGGACAGAUGUGGGCCGCUCAAAGAUGACACCCUCAGCAUGGAGUUAGAGGUCUCGGACUGUUCAUACGGUGAAGCUAUCGAUUCGAGUCCAAGAUUUGUGGACGAAUUAAAAAUUUACUUGAAAAAGUUCAAUUUGGAGAACAACAGGAAACUUGUAUUGGACGACGGUGAAAAGAUCUGGUCGUUUGAAACUAACAGAGUUCUAUACUCAAAACUGAUCAAUGUUUUGUCGGUUAGUGACCUAACUAUUCUCUACCCACCGUUACUCCCCGGACGAGCUUUCAAACAGUUGAUCGAUGAUGUACACGAAAUUAAUGUAUUGGAGAGUCUCAUUAAAGACUUCAAUGCCAAAGAAGUAUCAGCUUUUAAUAUAGAUAUAAAAUCAAUAAUAACGAAAGAAGAAAAUGCAUCGGACAAAAUAAAGAAGAGCCUAUCGGAAAAUUCAAAUUUGUUGGCCAAAAUAAACAAAACUCUGGAUUCUAGUCGCGAGGAUCUGUUGUUCUGGUCUGAAUCGAACUUGAAGAGGUUCAUCUCGGACAAUAGAUCGGUCGCCGGGAAAACUUACAAAGAAUACGAAACAUUGUACUUGGAAAGUAUUGCAUUAAAUUCGUGAACGCAUACGCGGGAACAAAA